AUGAAGAUGAAGCUCAUCAUUGCUGUUGAGCGACAGGCGGAUCUGGACGAUGCGCUGAACUCUGCACGGCGGGAGCUCGAAGCGUCAAAAGCGCGAUUAUCGACGUUAAAGGAGGAGGCACGGGUGAAUGCUGAGAAAUUGGGCAUGAUCGAUCGGGGGGAGUACAUUCUGAAAUCAGACGCGGAGCAGGUGCAGGCUUCGUUAACCAAAGAGCUCAACGAAGCCGUCAAUGGGAAGAAACAAGCCGAGAAGGAGCGGAAAGGGAUGGAGACCGAGUUGGAAGAGCUGACUCGCUCAUUGUUUGAGGAAGCGAACAAGAUGGUCGCGAGUGCCCGAAGAGACCGUGAGGCAUCCGAGAAGAAGAGGGAACAGAUGCAGGCUAGACUGGCCGACACUGAAACACUCCUCAAAAACCAUCAAGAACAACUGGCGGAUUUGAAGUUAAUGGUACAACGAAUACACUCCGAAAACGAGGAUACGGCGUCCUCAGUCCCCGGGACACCCGGCCUCCCGUACGGAUUCGCGUUGAAUAACCGCUCGAGUCGGGAUUCGCUUCGGGCGAAUUCGUUUGAUACGGCGCCCGAGUCGUCGAUACCGACCUAUCACCCCUCACACCCGACUUCGUUCCCGAAUAUCUUUCAAGCGAUAUUUAGGACGGAUACCCCCGUCUACUCAGAUUUCAAGAGUCUUAUUAGCGUGGCGAAAAUCAUGAACGAGCAACGACUCCCCGCACGAAUCACACAAGCACUACCGGGCGCACCACCAAAUCCACCACACGCCCCCACCAACCCACGUCCGGCGGAUUCAUCCUCACUCAAGGAUCUGCGCUAUUUCAAGAGGUGCCUGACAGAGGAUAUUGAGCCGACGUUGAGGUUGGAUCAGGCGCCCGGAUUAUCAUGGAUGGCCCGGCGCGCAGUCCUCCCCUCUAUCCUGGACGGAACCCUCAUCAUCGACCCAACACCCCCAGCCUCCCCGCACUCCACCUCCUCCUGCUCCCUCUGCGGCGCCUCCAACACCACCGACCCCACCCUCCGCCGCACCCACCGUUUCCGAACAUCGGAUACCUCAGCCGCGGUCUGGUAUGCGCUCUGUGGCUACUGCGUUGGGCGAGUCCGGACUGUUUGUGAUUUCGUGGGGUGGGUCCGGGGUGUCCGGGAUGGGAUACGAAAUGUUAGGGGGGAGGGGGAGGAAGAGAGAUGUUGGGAGGAGAGUACGAGGUUGCGGGAAGCGAUGUUUUGGGCGAGGAUGGGGGGUGGUGUCAUCCCUAUCAUCUAUCGUGGUCCGACGACGGGU